AGUUAUUUAGUCUGGAGACAACAUAUUUAUACAUGUAUAUAAAUAUAUAUAAACACAUACAUACUGAUGUUUGGAAACAAUUUGUACAGAUAUGUCAAUGGUUUUCACAAUCGGUUGAACUUUAUGUGCUUUAGAUUGCAGGAAGGAACACUUUGUUAAUUUAAAGUGACACCUACACAUAUUGCUUCAUUGUAUAAAACUGAAAUACAUUUUAAAAAGUGUUCACAUUAUAAACUAUUAGUACUCUGUACAUGAUGUGCAAAUUCUGAUUUUUUCUAACCUUAACCAUGGAUUUCAAAUGACUUUUUAAUUUAAUUUGCGUCAUAUCAGUUUUACAUAUUGAGUCAAUAUUUUAGUCACAAGGGCAUAAUCACCUGAUCAGAGUCAUAUAUCUAGUUUUGAAGGAUAGGUUCACAAUUUUUCAAGUCCGUCUUAAAACCAUAGUCAGGUGCCCAUAUGAACAUUAAAACAGGUUUGGUCGCUGUCCCCCAUUACUUACAUUGAUAGCAUGUAGGAAGUAUGAACAGGAGGAAUGAUGCAAAACCUGUUUUAACACUUAUAUGAGUACCUGACUGUUGUUAUAAGGCAGAUUAGAAAAACAGUGAAUCCUUUAAUGUUACAUACAGAAUUUGCUGUAUAAUCUUAUUCACCAGAGGCACUGCAGAGACCCAAGUUUAUUUUCAUUUUUUUUCUUUGGAGGGUUACCAAAAACAAACCUUGUUCCACACAAUUAUUGUUAUCAUUACCAGCCUUAAAAACUCACAUCACUCAAAGCAUGUACUGUACAUGGAGGCAGUAAAACCGGCACAGCACAACUUGGAUUUUGCUUCCACCAUCUGUUCAACAGGCACAACUGCAGCAUGUAGACACUGGAACUGUAAAAACAGCAACUUUGCAGAAUGCAGUUGUUCACUGCACUGGUGCUUUGAAUGACUGACCCCACACUAAUGACACAUUAUUUGCACUGUUUGGUUAUGUGGAGUAAUUCUAUAUAACAGCCGUCUUAUAUAAUGGUAGGUGGAGAAGACCGACUGACAGAACUGUGUAAAAAACUGACUCUAGUCAGAUAAGUAUGUAAAGACUCCUAAAACUCAAUAUUUUAACAAACCAUGACUUUUUAUAACACAGUAAAUAAAACUUACAUUUGAAAGAAACUGACGUGUAACUAAAAAAUAAAUAUAAUACCAAAAAACGAUAUUUUCUUUAGAACAGAGCUGUGUUCAAAUCAGCUCUAUAUGUGUUUAAUGAGGCUUUUGAUGCUCGUACAUGUAUUCAUUUUGCUCCAUAAAUUAAUUCUAACUUCUUGUUUUUUGUCAUUCAUACUCAGUUCACAGUUCUGGAAAAGUUCCUCAAUUGAUAGUUUGACAUCCUGUGAACUCGCUUUAAGUUAAAAAUGACUACUCCUGAGCAAAUUGAAAAAACACUGAAAGAUUUCCUGGAUCAGCUGAAUGAAGUCGGGCUGAGGACUUUUCAGUGGUACUUGUCCCUGAAUGUGAGAGAGGGAUCCCGACCCAUCCCGAAGUCCCAGCUGGAGAACACUACCAGAGAGGAAACUGUGGAUAAACUGGUGCAGGUUUACGGGGAAGACGGUGCUUUGGAGAUCACAGUGGACAUUCUCUUCAGGAUGAAACAUAAUGACCUUGCAUCAAAGUUAAUUCAAGCCAAAAUAGGCCCAAACGUGGAACAGCAAUUAUUUGAGCCGUUGUCCUCCACUGCGAGAGAGACACAGAGAGAUGCAGAUUCGACUGUCACUCAGGAUCUUUCUUGUCCAAUUUGCUCACUCAUUUUCACUGAGCCUGUGGCGCUGCAGUGUGGCCACAGCUUCUGUAGGACCUGCGUGCAAGACCACUGGAGGGGGAAAAUCUCUCAGAAAUGCCCACUUUGUCAGCGAGUUAUACAUGACACCGAACCUCAGAUUAAUUUUGCUUUGAAGAGUUUGAGUGAAAACUACAACGAGAGAAGUCGGGUUGAUCCAUCAGGUCAAACAAAUGACUCAGAGUCAUAUCAGACUUCUUCCAAGAACAUCAAAGAGAAGCGGGAAGCUUUUGAAAAGGUCAAACAAUUUUGUGAUUCAUCAGUUGAGCACAUUAAGAGUCAGAGAUGCGACACAGAGAAGAAGAUUAAGGACGAUUUUGAGAAGCUUCAUCUCUUCCUCCAGAGAGAGGCAGCAACCAGAACAGCAGCUUUAGGAGAAGAAGAGACUCAGAAGAUUCGUAUGAUGCAGUUGAUCGCAGAGAUGAGCAGAGACACAUUCUCACUCUCUGACACUAUAAAAGACAUGGAAGACUUAGGGGCUGACAACUCGUUCAUACAGACCUUUAGGACUGAAAUGGAAAGAACUCAGAACGCACUUCCAGAUCCACAGCGACUUCCACAAACACUGAUAAAUGUGUCCACACAUUUGGAAAACCUUCAGUUCAGAAUCUGGGAGAAUAUGUUGAGCAUCAUAAAACACACCCCUGUAGUUUUGGACCCCAACACUGCAUCUCCAUGGCUCUCUUUGUCUGAUGAUCUGACCAAGGUGACAGUCACAGAUACCUGGCAGCAGCAUCCUGGAAACCCAGAACGCAACACCAAUUAUCCACAGGUCCUGGGCUGCGAGGGCUUUGACUCAGGAAAACACAGCUGGGAAGUGGUGGUAGGAAAUCACACCAGAUGGAUACUGGGAGUCGCUGAAGAGGCCAUAGACAGGAAGAAGGAGAUGUGGUCGACGCCACAAAAUGGACUCUUUACAAUUAUGAAACGCAAGAGAGGGUAUACAGACGUCAAGGGUGACUUAAUUCUACUGGAAAGACCCAACAGAAUCAGAAUAGAGCUAGACUACGAAAACGGGACAGUGUCAUUUCAUGACGCUGAUAACAACACACACAUACUGACCUAUCAUCAGGGGACAUUUACUCAGAAGGUGUACCCAUAUUUUGCUUUUGUUGAAAUUGAUGAUGAUGAUAAUUAUGAUGAUGACGAUGAGGAGGAAGGUGAUGAUGAAGAUAGCAGUGGAGGCUUUAUACAGAUCUGUGAGUCGAAGGUUUCUCUCACAAUGACAUAGUUGAAGAAAAUAGCUGCUUCAGAUUCAGUAACAUAUAUUAGUAACAUAUAUUACCUUAAAGCGUUACUGAUCAAAUUGUUACAAUAGUUUAGUUAUCACCCUGUUAUGUGGUAUUUAUUGUUUUUAGGGAUGGCAAUGUUGGUUGGUCAGUCCAUCACUUUGGUCCAGACUGAAAUACCUAAACAACUAAUAGAUGGAAUAAGAAGAAAUUUUGUACAGACAUUUAUGGUCAUUGGAGGAUGAAUCCAAAUGAUAUUUGGUGAUCCCCUGAUUUGGUGAUCCGCCAUCAUCAGGUCAAAUGACCAAAUACCUGUUAAACUAAUGACAUUCCCAUCAGCCUUAGCUUUACUUUGUGUUUAGUGCUAGUUAGCAAAUGCUACCACGCUAAACUAAGAUGGUGAACAUGAUGAAUAUUAUACCGGCUAGACAUCAGCAUGUUAGAAUUGUCAUUAUGAACAUGUUUCCAUGUUGGCAUUAGCAUUUAGCUCAAAGCACUGCUGUGCCUAAAUACAGCCUCACAGGGCUGCUAGCAUGGCUGUAGACUUUGUCCUGUUUCCUAAUGAACUGAAGUUAAGAUUUUAAAUGAUAAUAUCAGUUAUCUUAAAAUUUCUGUCAGGUUUUGGGUGUUUUCAGAUCUUUUUGGAUUUGCAGAUAAAAUUCUCAAGCCAUUAUCUUUGUUGUGAUAUACUAAUGUGAAAUGCUGAUAUCUUGCUUGAAAUAUGACCAUGAUAGAAAUAUUGAAAAACAUUUUUUUAUUUGAUGCCAAAUCAUUCUAUUAACAAGAUCAAUGUAUGAAUUGCCAAUAAAGCUGAUCAAAACA